CACGUCUCCAAACUCACGUCCAUCUCGCACCCCGCAACGGCUGUCUGCCCUCCCUCCAAACCCUGACUCUCCGCCGAUCUUCGCACCUGCUUCAAUCACAUCACCAUGGCCGACAGAUAUUCGUUCUCGCUCACCACCUUCUCACCCAGUGGAAAGCUGGUACAAAUUGAGUAUGCACUCAAUGCUGUCAACCAGGGUGUCACCUCGCUGGGAAUCAAAGCCACAAACGGCAUUGUGCUCGCGACCGAGAAGAAGUCAUCGUCACCCCUCAUCGACUCCGCAUCGUCAUCGAAGGUCAGUCUGGUAACGCCAAACAUUGGUAUGGUCUACUCUGGCAUGGGUCCAGACUACCGCGUUCUCGUCGACAAGGCCCGCAAGGUCUCGCACACCGAAUACAAGCGCAUCUACAACGAGUACCCACCCACGAGGAUAUUAGUGCAGGAUGUGGCACGGGUGAUGCAGGAGGCAACACAGUCUGGUGGUGUCAGGCCGUACGGUGUCAGCUUGCUCAUCGCUGGGUGGGACGAUGGCAUCGAACCUGAGGCUGAGGGCAAGAGCGAGGAGCAGACCAGCGAAGAGAAGAAGAAGGUCAGCGGCAAGACUGGCGGCAUCUUGAAGGGUGGGCCAAGUCUGUACCAAGUCGAUCCCAGUGGCAGCUACUUUCCUUGGAAGGCAACAGCAAUCGGCAAGAGCGCAACGAGCGCAAAGACCUUCCUCGAGAAGCGUUACACAGAUGGUCUGGAGCUGGAGGAUGCUAUUCACAUCGCCCUCCUUACGCUGAAGGAGACGAUAGAAGGAGAGAUGAACGGCGACACUGUCGAGAUCGGCAUCGUUGGGCCCCCAGAGGAGAGGCUACUUGGUGUCGAGGGUGUCGAGGGAGCGGUCGGUCCCCGCUUCAGGAAGCUAAGCCCCUCUGAGGUCGAGGACUACCUUACGAACCUGUAGAGAACCAGGGUCUUUAAGCUGGAGUUGCGACCUUGAACCUCUUUGGCGCUAUCGCACAGUGAUCUGGGCUGGCGCAGAUGAUGAUUCGCAAAGACCAUAGACACGAGCGAUGCAGCAUUUACGAAAACUAUGACACUGUAAUUUUUUGCACCCUCAGGCAACCACCUUGUGAUCACUCAGUUCUUUGAUUAGUUUAAACCUUCCUGUAUUGACGCACAGGCGUGCCUGCUUCGUUCAUUGUGGGUCCGAC